AUGGCAGGACGCACGCUGAGACCUUGCUAUCACAAAGUGGGAGGUCAAGAGAAGAAGGUCUUUGAAGCAGAGCAACCACUCGAAGGAUUCCAGAUCGGGCAUGAGGAGAGAUCCGAGACGACGAACUUGCAUGCGCUGGAGCUAGGCAGUGGAACCGUGAUUGUGGACGCACCGGGACAAUUUGAUACCCGCGGCGAUGGAGUUGGCAUUGCCACAGCGUGUGCACUCCGACAACUGGCUUCAAAGUGCAGGAAGUUGCGCUUUAUCGUCCUCAUCGACUGCGGAGCAUUCGGUGUGGAUCGUAUGGGCAACUUGCGUCAAGUUGCUGCCUUGCUCAGGGGGGCAUUUCCUGAGUUUCCAAGGACACAGCCAGCCACUGUGACUUUCUUCUUCACCCAUGUGCAUAAGGUGCUCCCAGAAUUAUCUGGCGAGAAAGAUGGCGAGCAAUUUUUCAUGAAGGCUCGAGACUGUGUCAGAGAUCUUCUUUCCGGAGCAUUGCGCGGAACAUGUGAGAACGAUGCGUGCUUUGAUGUCUUGAAAUGGAUAUGCCAAAUGGCCACUGAUCAGCAACGGCGAAAAGUACGCCUCGUGGACAUAUAUCACCCCGAGUGGAGUACACAGGACUCCCUUGCGAAGGCGACUGAGAAUUUCGAGGGGCCAUACGCGCUCAGUAGCUCCGACAUCCCCAAACUUGUGGGGUACGUGCUGGAGACCGGCUCCAAGGCCAAGCUGGAGCGCACACUUCGAGACCAUCUGGCUCAGCUCAAGAUCACCUUGGAGGACGAGAACGCCGAAGCUGUGCGUCAGCUGUGGCAAACCAUACAAACCUUGCGAAGCUAUCUGGACUUCUACCCAGACAUGCGUGAGUGCAUCAAUCUGAUGGUGGAACUCAUUACCAACAAGCUCAAGCAAGCCUGGCAGCAAGCGCACGAGUUGCUUGAGAAGUGUGAGAACACGGCGGAGAACUUUACGCAAUGUCAGGUGAAGCAAGUUCAGCAAAUCAUGCAGUUCAUCCACACUUUGCACGAGCUGGCAGGAGAUGCCACUGCGGUGGACCCUAUGAGUCAACUGCGGAACCGCUCGCGAAGUUUAUGCCAGAAGUUUAGCCAAGAUGUGGUCAGAGCUUUCACCAGUGAGGAGAUGUGGCUGCCCAUGCCCAGCAUGAGCUACGUCGCUCGCUCGCUGAACAAGCUCAGCAUUUGGGCAGAGGAGGGCGGAGAUGAAGGGGUGCAGGAGUUGUGGCAACGCGCCAGCGCGGCGCAGGUGCGGUACGUGCGGGAGGUCAGCGACGCAGCUGUCAGGAUCAGCGAGAAUGGGCUGAAAUCCCGGGAGGAGUUGAAGAGAGCGGUCCAGAUUCAGCACAUGCUAGCCAAUAAGGACCUUAUGGGUACGGAUUGCAAGCAGAUCCGGAUGCUGUGGCCAUCUGUCGAGCAAGCUUUCCACGACUACGUGGCCUCUGCUGAGGCAGCGAAAGCGGCCAUGGUGAGCUGUUCUCACAACGCUACGAACAACCAGAGUCCUGCAAGCGAGGUUGACUUGGCCCAGGCCAAGGAGUUCCUUGACGCGAUAGACUCAUGCAAGCGCGCGCUCGGGUCUAGCGACUCCGCCGACUUGAGCUUUGCCAAUGCGCUGUUCGAGCAGGAGCGCAUCUUCAUGGAAUUGGCGAACGAGAAGUUGUUCGAAAUGCAAACGAAGCUUGAAAGCUUGUUGCAAGAUUCUGCCGUCGCUUUGCUCAACUUACUUGCAAGCUUCACGCAGCCACAAAAGUUCGAUCACAGUCUGAAGCUUCAGGCAAGUUUCUGUAAUCUCCAAUGCUCAGCUGAGGACGAAUGCUUGCUUGGUGAGUUCGUGAAGAAGCUAUGUGGAGCGAUGUCUGCCGUUGUCACAGCCGUGCCGCAUCCACACACGGUUCAGCUGCAGAAGGACUUCUGCGACAAGGCGCUCGGUCAGUAUUUCACUUAA